UCACUCAAAUAGAUCUGCAUUCAGCCCUUCUAAAGCAAUCAACAAUUUUACCCUCAAGAUCUCUGAAAAUCCCCAAAAUGACCUCCCAAGCUCUCCCGAUCUCUACCACCGAAACCACCUCCUCCACCACCACAACCCCAACCCUCACCACCCUCCGCACCUUCCUCACGCGCCUCUUCUCUUCCCUCCGCACUACCCUCUCCCACCGCCGUCCCUGGCUCGAACUCGUCGACCGCACCGCCUUCUCCCGCCCCCUCUCCCUCUCCGACGCCACCACGCGAGUACGCAAAAACUUCUCCUACUUCAAAAUAAAUUACCUGACCAUCCUCGCAAUCGUACUCGCUUUCUCCCUCCUUUCACACCCAUUCUCCCUCCUCACCCUCCUCUCCCUCGUCGCCGCCUGGCUCGGUCUCUACACCUUCCGGCCGUCAGAUCAGCCCCUGGUAGUCCUCGGCCGUACGAUGUCGAACAGGGAGGUUUUGGGAAUACUGGUUCUGGUGACGGUUAUCGUUGUGUUCUUGACUAGCGUUGGGUCGUUGAUUAUAACGGCUGUUUUGGUUGGGGUAGGGAUUGUGUGUGUGCACGGAGCAUUUAGGGAUCCUGAGGAUUUGUUCAUGGAUGAUCAAGAUACUGCUGGGUCCACUGGUUUGUUCUCUUUUAUUGGUGGACCAUCUGUGGGAUCCAAUGUGAUACCUCUAGUUUGAUUGAUUGAUGGGUUUAUGACUUUUGAAGGAAUGAAUGAUAGGAGAUUAGGGUUUUAAUUUCUCGGAUGUGACUAAUCACUAAUCUAAUGAAUGUUAGAUUGGAGGGUUUUUCUUUCUUUAUAGCUUUAUGUUUUUUUAUUUUACAUGUUGAAAUGGAAAUUGUAAAAAUUUUACAUGGAAUUGAAUUAAUAUUGAUAUUGAAGUUGAUGUUGAUGUU